UCUGAUUCUAAUUAUUCUUACCAAUUUUCAUUUAAAAGCUGAAAAAAUCCAUACAAAUGUGUAGUCUGAAAGAAAUUAAUACGGAUUCGAAAUAGAUAGACCUAAAUUUCUCAUUGUUGAAGAACCUGCCACUGAGGCAGAUUGUUUCUCUCUGUCCACUUCUGUCCAGCACUACAAAUGAUCAGUCUUCAUCUCCUCCAAAGCUGGAGAGCAUUCACCUCUCCACUGACAUUCAUAGUCACGAUAUCUUACCUAUGUUACUGCUGAAAUGGUUUUUAGGGAAUAAAGAAAGAAAACUUAAAGAAAGAAAGAAAGCAAUCCAGACCUUAUUCUUAGUCUCGUGAAGAGACCCUGGACUAUGUCACAGCUGAAGCUUUGUUGUCAGAGACGGUCUUUGUUAAUCAGCCGAUCAUCUUUAUAUAAGGUGUUAUAACUAACACAAUAACUGGUUUGCCAUUGUUGUACCUCAUCCUUGUCCCUUUGAAUAAUUGAGACCACUGUAUUUGCCUGUUAUAUUUUUUCCUUGGUCAGCAACUAGCUACUAGUUUUGUCCCCAAGAUCAAUUGCCUUGGUAACGCAGCCAGAGAGAGAGAGAGAGAGGGAGAGAGAAAGAGAGAGAGAAAGAGCGAGAGAGAGAGAGAGAGCGAGAGAGAAAGAUUUGUGCCCACAAUGGCGACUGUAGGUAUGCUAAAUACCUCUGGUUCCUUAUCCGGGAACUACCUCUUACCCUGCUAUUGGGCCAUUGGGUCACGUGGUAAAAGUAACUUUACAGGGCUGCUCGCAAGUAGGAGGGCUUUAUGGAGCAGAAAAACGACAAAGCUAGAAAAAUUAUUUUCCACUCCAGAAAUUAAUGAUCAUGAGCUCGUAUUUGAUGGAGUCUAACUACAUUGAUCCGAAAUUUCCUCCAUGCGAGGAAUAUUCGCAAAAUAACUACAUCCCCGAGCAUAGUCCAGAAUAUUACAGCCGCGCAAGGGACACUGGCUACCAGCAUCACCAUCAGGAGUUAUAUCCUCCGCGGGCGAGCUACCAAGAGCGCCAGUAUAACUGUGCAAGCAUCCCUGAACCUGACACGCCAAGGGGACAUGGAAUACCCCAUUCUGCGCAUCUACUGACAGGGAAAGGGCAGCCUGCUUCAUGUGAAACCCCACAGUUGUCCAUGUCCCCCGCCACCCCACCGGCCGCAACCUCCGCCUGCAACCAAGCUACCCCGGAGCAUCCAAACAGCACAGCCUCCUCCAAACAGCCUGUGGUGUACCCAUGGAUGAAGAAAAUUCACGUCAGCACUGUGAACUCUGGUUACAAUGGGACGGAGCCCAAGCGGUCUAGGACAGCAUACACCCGGCAGCAAGUCUUAGAAUUGGAGAAGGAAUUCCACUAUAACCGAUAUUUAACUCGGCGGAGGCGCAUCGAGAUCGCACACACCCUGGUUCUCUCCGAGCGGCAGAUUAAAAUCUGGUUUCAAAACCGCAGGAUGAAAUGGAAAAAGGAUCACAGGCUCCCGAACACCAAAGUGAGAUCCUCGUCCUCUUCCUCCGGGUCCAACACAAGCUCAGCAGCCGGCGCUGUUGCCGCUGCCUCGGCCACUAACACGGGGGCCCCCGACGAACUUACCGGAGCCCAGCAUGGCGAGGAUAUUACCAGGUUAUAAAACCAUGAACCAAUACUGGGGGUAGAAUAAGAACUGGUUAUUUAUAGAACACUUAUAUAUUUUGUUUUCGUAGCUAUCUUGUGCGGUUUCCUUUAAGUCCAAAGUUAUAUAAAAUGCAUGUUAUAUAGCAUGGAUUACUGCGAAUACCGAUGAAUUAUUUUUACGUGACACAGGGUUUAAUUUAUUUGAAGUUCAAUUAAAAUGAUGUUUUUUAUUAAAAAAAUGUUUUGAAUGAAGGAAGAAAAAGUAGAAAAAAAUAUACAUUUUAUCAAAAUGUUAUUGUGGGCCAUUCUUUUGCCCUGCUGCCCAAGGUGAAAUGCACAAUCUAUUUAUUUCAAACAACACUGGAAGGAAAUCACUAUAAUAAUAGUUAUUUUUGGUAUAUAAAAAAGAAAGCUGGAACACACCAUUGAUCUUGAACUUGUAUGUUUAGGAGAAUAACAAUGUGUGAAUUACCUCGUGUAUUUCAGAAACAGGAUUUUUCUUUUUCUUUUUCAUUUUGCAAUUUAGUUUUGUGGUGUUGAUGUUGUGUUUUAGACCGUUAAAAGCAGAUUAUUGUGAAAUGCAAUAAACGGAGUUUAGUGUACUUGUGCUAAUCAUAUUGGUCAAUAAAACAGUGAGUGUC